ACCAACAAUCACACAUAACCCGAAGGGAAGGGAAAAAUUCCUUUUACUGUUUCAUUGAAGGCGGAGCUUGAAGGCUUGGUAGAUGUGUGUUACUAUCAUCAAUCCAUGGAGUCCGACAGCUCACCUUCUUCCCCGAGCCGCCUCAAAUGCUGCGACUGUGGAUGCAUCUGCUCCGUGAUGGACAGAUCCCUCUCCGGCACGUACCUCCGUUCGGUCAAGCGUAAAUACGAAGAAUUCGAGGAUGAGAAGCCCUUCACAAUUCCCGGGCUCGAUUUACCCCAAAAUGCCCGUGUAGAAAUCGGGAACGAAUGCCAGGCCUUGCGCGAGACAGUCACCAGCCAGCAGCAGACGAUUCAGGAACUCAUAUCCGAGCUCGAGGAAGAAAGGAACGCCUCGUCAUCGGCCGCCAGCGAGGCCAUGUCCAUGAUCCUGAGGCUGCAGAGAGAGAAAGCCGAGAUUCAGAUGGAAGCCAGGCAAUUCAAGAGAUUUGCAGAGGAGAAAAUGGCGCACGACCAGCAAGAAACCUUGGCAUUGGAGGAUUUGCUGUACAAACGAGAGCAGGCCAUUCAAUCCCUGACUUGUGAGGUCGAGGCUUAUAAGCACAGAAUGAUGAGUUACGGUCUCACGGAAUCCGAAGCCGAUGGCAUGCUCGAUGGGUACAAGACUAAUGGGAGCAUGAGCCGGAACACGAGCAUGACUGAAAAUCUCGAAAACCCGUUCGGUUUUCCCCGUUACGAAAUUUACCCUCCGCUCAAGGUUAAUAUCAAUGAAUCCCAGGCCUAUAUGGACGGUGAUGAUGAUGAUGAGGCUGCUGCUGCGGAUGAUGUCGAGAAAUACGCAUCUGAUGAAACUCCAAGCUCUCGUCACCAGCUCAAGGAUUUGGAGUUUCGGAUCAAUCAGCUUGAGAAAAACAGCCCAAAGACAAUCCAACCUGAUCGGGAGUCAAAGAACGUGCUCGAGAAGGUGAUCGUGGGCCACUCUCCUAGGCGGACAAACGGGCAUCUCAGGAAGUUCUCCACAGACAGCUCAAACUACUCUCCGAGGUUCGGGGAUAGCUUCAGGAAGGCCGAGCUUUCACAUUUGGAUUUGCGUUCUAAUCUGAAGAAGGCGGAUAGUGGGUCAGAGGCUGGGGAUGAGACGGAUGACAGGGUGUACACGAUAGAUUCGAUACAUCAGGGAGCCGAACACAAGGCAUGUGUAGGGGUUGUUGGGGAUGUGUAUGCAGUGACUCCGAGGGAUUCGGAUUUGGAGAUACAGAAGCUUUACGCGAGGCUCCAUGCGCUCGAGGCCGAUCGUGAGUCCAUGAGGCAGGCGAUUAUUUCGAUCGGAACUGAUAAAGCGCAGCUGGUGCUGCUGAAGGAGAUUGCUCAGAACCUUUGCAAGGAGAUGUCGCCGGCGAAAGUGGUGCCGCCGAGGAGGCAGGUGGCGUUGAGGAGUUUCUCUUUCGUGUCGGUAUUAAAGAUCGGCCAUUUUCUCGGCCCGUCGAUCUUGAUGGCGGCGGCAGACGGAUGA